AUGGAUGCGAAUGCAGCUGCGGCUGCUUAUGCCACGCGCCGCCAUCAACAGGGAUGCCGAUCCACGUCCUGUCAGACGUCUGUCAUCGCAAAGGAUGGGAUGAACCGGACCACCGUAUCCAUGCGAAGCACAUUACCCAGCGGCGAAAGCAUCGUACUCCCCUUCGCGGCGCCGGAUAGUCUCCGCGCUGCGUUCACCGAUACAGAGGAGGAGAUUGCGAAGAAUAAUAUAGCGGUGUAUGUCCUCUUCUGUAUAGGUGAGCAUAACUCAGACUUGCCGCGGGGAUGGCGCGGUUUGUGGAAGAGGGAGUUUGAGAGGAUCAAGGCGGUUGAUGUUAAGGAGGGGAGGGGGUGGAUGUAUUCGGGGGAUUUGUUUGGGGGGUAUAAGAGGUGGCAGGAUUCGCUCUACGAGGCUUAG